CUAGAGAUGGAACCCCAUAUCCUCCAUGCAUAUAUAUAUAUGAUUAUAUGACUAUGGAACUGUAUCAGUGUCCAUUGUUAGGAUCCUCAACCAGUUGGCCCUUGUUCAUGUUCGCAGAUGGGCUGUGUGGGUCUCAGGAUUUGACUCCCUGAACGGGUCACUGGUUCCAGGUGGUGCUUCAUGUAACAGAUGCUGGGUGUUUCCAGGCGGUGCUUCAGUGAACAACCCAGUUCUUGAUACCGGCUUGAAAUUUGCCCUUUUUUUCCUUCAUAUUAGACCAAAACGAUUUCAUGCAAGUCCCAUUGUCCCAACUCCCAACCCAUGUAUUGAAUCAAAAGGUAGCUCAAUAUAUAGAAGUCACCUAAAACCUUACCGGGCCUAUAAAAGCCCAAACUAUGCAAGAAGCCCAACACAACCUCAUAGCCUCAACGUUGCUUUCAAGCCCGAUCCACUAAAGGGGAACGUAAACCCUAAAUCUGGAUAUUGGAAUCCAAUCCGCACCAGCUUUACAGUACUGGGGAAAUGGCCAACAAUUGCCUAAGAAAUUUGUUUUGUUUGAUGCAGAAACGUUUUAUCAAAACAUCUCCAGCUGUUUCUCCUCCUUCGCCCCUGCCGUUCACGGUUCAAUGCCUCGUCAACUCAUGUGGGUUUCCUAUGGAAACUGCCCUUUCAGUCUCCCAAAAGAUCCAACUCAGCGAGAAGAAGCCACAGAAACCUAAAUCCGUGGUCAGUUUUUUAAAAUCUCAAGGAUUUGAUGAUACCCAGAUUGUCAAAUUAGUCGAGAAGCAGCCCGGGAUUCUUCGAUGCGAAGUAGACAGCAAUCUCAAGCCAAAGUUCGAGUUUUUAGCCAAGAAGGGAUUCACAGGUGCGCCUCUGCUAUACGCAGUUGCUGGACUGAGAGAAAGAGCAUUAAAUUCUCAAUUAGACCCCCUUUUUGAAUAUUUGAGGUCAUUACUGGGGAAUAAUGAGGAUGUUGUGUCCGCUAUUAUGCGCUACCCACUACUGUUAACGGUUAACGUUAAGGUCAAACUGCAAUCAAAUGUUGACUUGUUGAUCAAUGAGGGUGUACCCAUUAGCGGUAUAAGGAAAUUGAUAAUCUUGAAGCCCAGAGUUUUGAUUAUGAGCAAAAAUGAUACGACGAUUUCUGCAGUGAAAACUGUUAAAAAUAUGGGUCUUGAUGUAAGGGGUCCAAUGUUUAUGUAUGCUUUUCGUGUCGUGGUAUCGUUGAGUGAGGAAACUUUGAAGAAGAAAGUGGAUGUAUUUAAGAGUUUGGGGUGGACUGAAGAACAGAUCUUGUCAGCUUUCAAGCGAUAUCCUAGUUGCUUUGCUGCUUCUGAGGACAGAAUCAGGAAUACGGUAGAUUUUUGUGUGAAUACUAUGAAAUUGAAGCCGGAGGCUCUGAUCGCAGACCCCAUCAUUCUUACCUUAGGCAUUGAUACAAGACUUCGUCCGAGAAAUUAUGUUUUCAAGGUUUUGCAAUCAAAGAACCUGAUUAAGCUGAAUACCAAAAUUGAAUGGUUUCUGAAAUUGAGUGAGAAGAAUGUCAUGGAGAAAUAUAUUCUUCCACACAAUGACCAAAUCCCAAAUUUACUGGAGAUGUACAGUAGCUCGAAAGUGAAGAAGACAAAUGUAUGAUGCUGGUGAUCAGAUGUAAUUUGCUUCAGCUUGCUAUGUUGACUUGUCUACUUCAAAGGCAUUUGAGGCAGCAAGAAUGACUUGGUGCUAGAGUAUCUGUUUGUUAAGAUCUGACCAGCUCUCUAGCAUUUAAAAUCCUUUUUGAUGAAUGGUGAUAUAUACAAUCGAUUUAUCUAAUAUUGUGAUCUAAAUAGUCUAACCAGAGUUAUAACUUGUAUGGGAAGAAACGUAGUUGAUCAAAAGAUAGUUGGUUUUGAAUUCUCGAGCAUAACAAGAUCAGUUAUUGUUGUGUGAUUUCUGAUGAUUUCAGCUGCGAAUCUUCGAAACAGUUGACUGAAGUUUUGGAUAUCUCAAAAGGGUUAAGAGAGGAAUCAGAGCUGCUAAUUUAUUUUAACUGUGGGAGGCGGAUUGCAGACUAUUGAUCACCAACAAUAGGGUGAAUUUGAGAUUGUAGCUUGGUGGGGUCUUUGUUGUAGUUUAUGAAUUAGACAUUAUGAAGGUGUAUUCUCCCAUGUGAUCCGUGUCUUUUUCUGCUGCAUGUUAGAGCAGAUGGGGGUUUAGAAUGAAUAAUGAAAGUGGAUUGCUAGCUUUAACUUUGCAUUUCUUAUAUAAAGGUUUCUUUCUGCUGUUCUAAAUUGGUUUAUUCUUGU